AUGUCAUCAGCGGCGCGAGAUUUCUUAGCAAAACUCAAGGGUGUCCUUCGCAAAGAUUUCCACUGGGGUUAUGCGACUGCUGCUUCACAAGUUGAAGGAGCCUGGGACUCAGAUGGUAAAGGCCUUUCGAUUUGGGACAAGUUCUGCCAUACUCCCGGGAAGGUCAAAGACGGAAGCACAAACGAGGACGCUGUCCGCUCCUACGAUCUGUAUAAGGAAGAUGUCGCCCUUAUGAAGAGUUAUGGCGUCACUGCGUACCGGUUCUCGUUAUCGUGGAGCAGGAUCAUUCCUUUAGGGGGCGCAGAUGACUCGGUCAACGAAAGAGGAAUUCAGUAUUAUAACAACCUUAUUGAUGAGCUUAUCACGAAUGGUCUUACUCCAUUUGUAACACUCUUCCAUUGGGAUACACCGCAAGAAUUAGAAGAGCGAUAUGGCGGCAUGCUUAAUCAGGAAAAGUACACGCCAGAUUUCCUUCGAUAUGCCCGGCUCUGCUUCGAGCGCUUUGGCGACCGUGUGAAACAUUGGAUUACCUACAACGAACCGGGAGUUUACACACUCGCCGGCUAUGCGGCAGGUGUUCACGCUCCAGGUCGCUCGUCUUUCCGUGACAGGAAUGAAGAGGGCGACUCGUCAACUGAAACUUUCAUCGUCGCACACACAGAAAUUGUUACCCAUGCGCGAGCAGCGAAGAUCUAUCGGGAUGAGUUUAAAACUAAGCAGCGCGGCGAAAUUGGUAUUACCCUCCACGGAAACUACUCCGAACCAUGGGAUGCCGACGAUCCUGAGGACAUCACAGCGGCGGAGCGUGCGCGACAGUUUGAGAUUGCGUGGUUUGCGGAUCCAAUCUACGGUAGUGGCGAUUACCCAACAUGUAUGCGCGAACAGCUGGGAAACAGACUACCGUCCUUCACAGAUGAGGAGAAGAUGCUGGUAAAAGGUAGUUCGGAUUUCUAUGGAAUGAACACAUACACGACCUUCUUCGUCAAACACCGUUCCGAGCCCGCCGAUAUCAACGACCAUCUCGGCAAUAUUGAGAAGCUCGACACGAACAACAAAGGUGAAUCGCGGGGCCCAGAAUCAGGCACAUACUGGCUUCGCACCGCACCCAAGGGUUUCGGAAAACUGCUUCGUUGGGUCUGGAAUCGGUAUCACGUUCCAAUCUAUAUGACGGAAAACGGUACAACAGCAAAGGGCGAGACAGCACCGACAGAUGAAGUCCUAAAUGAUACGUUUCGUAUCGACUUCUUCCAUGGCUAUGUGCGUGAGCUAGCUCAGGCAGUACAAGACGGUGUUGAUAUCCGAUCGUACUUUGCCUGGACGUUCACGGAUAACUGGGAAUGGGCAGCCGGAUUCUCUGAUCGUUUUGGAGUUACGUUUGUUGACUUUGAGACACGAGAAAAGAAGAGGUAUCCAAAGCGGUCAGCGUACUUCUUACGCGAUUACAUAGGGCAACACCUGAUAGCUCAAGACUAG